ACCACUUGACAAUGAUAUCUGCGGCCAAAUAAUUGAACAAAAAAACAUUGAUUUUGUCUAUUCGUAUUACAAUUUGUUAAUGAAUUUGCUCCGCUUGUUGUAGAAUUAAUUUGAUAGAACGAAAUAUAUAAAAUAUGACAUUAACUGCUUAUUGGUAUUUAGGGUCAGCUGGUAUACCCCCUCUCCCAAGUUUUGUUUACACGUGUGAAAAAGCAUCAAAAUACGCAAAAUAAUUGCGAAUGGAGCCAAAUUUAGAAAACCAAGAUGUGACUUAAAUGAGUUGCAUUUUAGAAAGUGACGCAAAAUCUACUUUCCAUAUUAUUUGAAUGCAAAGGAGCUAAGCGUAAGAUCAUGGAUCCUGUAAACGAAGAGACUCCUUAUGACAUUGACCUAUUACCAGAUGAGUUAGUGAUUCAUAUUUUUAAGUUUUUAUCACUUAAGUCCCUACUUAAGUGUGAGAAAGUGUGCAAUCGAUGGAAGAAACUAGCUCGAGACUCAGCUCUUUGGAGACCGAUCGUUUUUGUUUAUUCCGGUAAACCGGGACUAAGCGAAGAGAGCAAAAAAAGCCUAAAAAUCAUAGAAACGCAUAGCGAAUGUGUUUACUGCCUGAAGAUCCAAUAUGUUUACAGUUACUCUGUUAUUAAAUCGAUUAUCCAACAGUGUCAUAAUCUCACAUCACUAGAACUUAUAAUGUGUCGUAUUACCAAGGAGUUCGAAGAUGACGUAACGAGAUGGCCGAAUCUGAGGAAAAUGAAUUUGAAGAACUCUUUAGUGUUGAUGAAUAACGUCGACGUGAUGGUUCCGUACGAUCAGUUCAAGUAUUUAAAUUACCUGGCGUUAUCAGACUUCGGUCUUCCCGCUGUGACACGCGACAGCUUACUUCGAUGUAAUAAUUUAAGCCACAUAUUUAUCGAAAAAGUUAAAGACCUUGACCUAGAAUAUGUGCAAAAUUUGAUCAAUUCUAAAAAAGAGAUUCUAACCGCUCUGCACAUUUACGGCGGCGAUGCUGUUAACGAUGAGUGUCUGUUGAUGUUGUCACAGUGUCAUCUGUUAAAAGAUCUGGCAAUAAUACGCUGCGAAAAUUUCACAGAUGCAGGUCUAAUCAAAUUGACAAAUCUGAGGCACUUAGAACAUUUACAAAUAUGGAAUAAUGUUAACUUCACAGAGGCUAAUUUGCAUCGAACGUUAGCUAGUCCAAACUUGGUAAAACUUAAAAGUUUGAGUUUAUCUAGGAUAGGGAAUGUAUCACCUGUGAUUGUCGAUGUUAUUUCUGAGUACUAUAAAAACUUAAAAUUUCUAGCCCUAUAUCAAUGUCCAAGAUUUAUAAACAUCGAUUACGAGAAACAGCUCAAAUCAAAAUUAAGGAAUAUCGAUGUUGUUUUGUAUUAAAAUUAAAUCAUUCUAAGGUUUCUUAACAAACCUAAUGACUGACUGAAAAUAAUGAAAAAAAAACUCCAUAAAAUCCACAUAUGUAUAUUUCACUGUAUAAAUAAUGGCAUACGAGUCAAUUAAUUAGAAAAUUUCAACCAGACGAAAAAUAAGACAAAA